AUAUAGGAUUUUUUUAUAUGGGAGUGAUAUAAGAAACUAUUUUUCUUAUAUCAAUGAGAAAAACAGAAAAUUAAUUCUACUUACAUAUGUAUUGCAUAUUAAUUUAUGAAUUGUGAUUAAAGCUAUUGGAAAUAGAAAUGGCCUAUUUUAGUGAAAUUUGUAGAAUCUGUUUAUGCGAUAAUGUACGCAUGUAUGUACUAAAGAAGACUGGUCUCGAAAAUUUGUACAAAACAUUGACGAAUAAUUUUAUGGACGAGGAUGAGGAGCCCAUAAUUAUCUGUUUCACCUGUCAUGCAAGACUCAUUCGUUGCAGAACAUUACAACAACAGGCUAUUGAGUCAAAUGCAAUUCUGGAGCAGUUGCUUGCAGGAGGGUCCAUGGUAUUAUCCGUUCCAUCCAUUAAACCUAUAAAAGUCCCUCAUAGAUUGCCUCAUAUACGAGGGGUUUUGCCAUAUUUGCUACGCUUGGCAGGUUGGUAACCAUAGUUUAUAUUAUUCUGAGUUGUUAGGAAAAUGCUGCCUCUCAACUCCUGUUUCUGUUUCCCUCUGUCGCUUCUUACGACACCCUUCCCGUGGGUAGGUAUAUAGGCUAGUGGAUAUUCUUACACCGCCACUACAUGGUCCACGGUAUUAUACCUGUUAUUAAUAAAAGUUCACUGCUUGAUGGGUCACUACCAUUAUAAUGAAGUAGUUGCCUUAAUCAUCACUUGGCAGGCACCUUGAUGAUCACUACCUGUCUCAUGCCUUCUAUGCUACUUCCCGUUGCCAUAUGGGAGAAUGUUUUUUCUACUGCAAAGUUAAGUUUAUCCUUCAAUUCAACUUACUUUUUUGUUAGAGCAAUAUCCUAUAUUUUAUGAAUUACAGUAAGUUAAGUACUUAUUUUUACAAAAAUAAUUAGCUAACUGUUUAUGCUGUUAUAUAUUACUCUAUUGUAUAUAAACGAAAUAUUAUCUAUAUGUAAUAUUACUCAGUAAACAAAGAUAGAUCAUUGUCAAUUUACGGCAUUCAUGAAUCUGAUUGGAUAAAUUAUUGAGUCUCUAUACUCGGGAUGGAUGAACUAUAUACAUUCUUUUUUUAUUUUUUAUUCUAUCAUUUACUUUGUCCGGUUUUUAUUACUACUUGUAGUUGUUGUCAGGAAGAUGCUGCUGCCCAUCUCCUGUUUCAGUUUCCCUCUGUCCCUUUUUACGACAUCUGCGGGAUGAUAUGGUAGUAUGGAGUCUCCUGCGGCACCACUAUGCUGGCUUUUUCUCUUAUUUCACAAAAGAAUUUGGUUUCAGUCAAUACCAAAUCAUCAUGAGGCUAGAGAUAAGAUUCAAUUCACACCAAUUAGUCAUAUAGAUAUCAGGCCAGCAGAGUGUGAUGUAGAAAAUAAUUGUAAGGACGAUAUGUUUAGCCUUGAUUUUGUUAAAGUUGAGGAAGAGAAUUUCGAAAUUGAGAAUUCCACAUUUGAAGAAAAUUGGAAUCAUGAAAUAGGUAAGAUAUACACAUUUUGUAAUAUUAAUAAAAUAAGCUACAAGUUACCUAAUGGCAAGUGGUUAGUGUAGCCCAUGGACACAAAAUUAUAUUAUAGUGACAUAUUGGGGCGGAUUAAGCCGUAUGUUCCAGACGCGUACCAAUGUUGAGUAAGACAAGGCGCUUUUAACACAAACGUUACGCAUUCUUAAUAGAAUGGCUGAUGACAGUGAUCUAUUCUGUUGCACCUUGAGUGAAUACACUAGGGUAGGAUUGUUUACAAUUGUUUACAGUUAAUGACCACACUCCAACUCGUCUCAUCGUCUUUUUCUUUGAUAGCUUCCUGCAAUCUUCUUAUUUGGCCUGGGUAGUCGAGACUAUAAGCCGGAAAUAAUGGCUCCCUUUUCCAAAUAUUCCACCAUAAUUAUUCCUUCAAAAACGUACGCCAUAACCUUUCCCGCCGAACUUGGCACUUUGAAUUUCCUUGGUGUCUGGAGGAGGCUCGGUUCUAAACCAUUGAUUGUUGUUUGGUUUCAGGAUCGAAAUGGUAGAUCCAGGUCUCGCCCAUGGUCACGAAACGUAAUAAAAAAAAUCUAAUCUGCUUGGAACCUUUCGAGAUUAACCCUCGAUAUGUCGACAAAUUUUUUCUUUUGCUCGUCGGUUAACAUUCUCGGUACCCAAUGCGCAAUUAGUUCGCAACGUUUCUUUGACCACUGUCACAUGAGAUCCCUGUGACGUCAGCUAUAUGCCUGAUGGUCACUCUUCGAUCUACCAAUACGAUGUCUUCAACUCUUUUCACUUUAUCUUCAGUGAGGGAUGUGAAUGGGCGUUCAUCUUCCGUGGAUGUUCUGCCCAGCUAAAACUCCUCAGCCUAGCGUGCAACUGUGGAAUAUAGAGGAGCAAGAGUCCCUCUAAUGUUUUACCAAGUCGUUGUGUAUAUCUUUGGUAGACAUUUUUUAAACAGAGAGAGCUCUCAUUAAAUUUUUCUCCAUUUUCAUGUUAUCUCUUUGAUGAUUCGUAUUCAAAUGAAUGUACCUCUCGAGAAUUGUAGCCUAUUUAUUUAGACGUUUGGCGCGUAAAAAUUAGAAUGGCCUAGCACUUGACUUGACGGGUUAGCAAAAAUAAAUAUUUAAGGUUAACUGAGAGGUGUAGCCUAAUGCUAUACUAUUCCUCAUGAAAAAACCCUUCCACUUUAUUAUAUUAGUAUAGAUUACAAAGUUAUAAUGCAGUUGUUGUGUUAUGUUCUUGUUAUUUUUAUGUUUAUGUCAUAUUCUCUUACUCUUUAGGUGUUUUUUUUUUAUAGGAGAGGGGGCAAACGAGCAUGCGGCUCACCUGAUGGUAAGUGACUACCGCCGCCCAUGAACAACUGCAACACCAGGGGAAUCGCAGAUGCGUUGCCGGCCUUUUAAAAAGGAGUACGCUCUUUUCUUGAAGGUCCCUAAGUCGUAUCGGUCCGGAAAAAUCGCUGAUGGUAAUCGAUUCCACAAGGAGGUCGUGCGAGGAAGAAAACAUCUUCUAAAUCGCACAGUGGUGGACCGCCAAUCAUCCAGAUGGUGUGGAUGGUAUCGGGAGUUCUGCCGCGAUGUGCGUUCGUGAAAUUUGGCGGCUGGGAUUAAUCCGAACAAUUCCUCAGAGCACUCCCCAUGGUAGAUGCGAAAGAAAAUGCAAAGGGAUGCAACAUCUCUUCGCAGUGCCAAUGAAUCGAGCCGAUCGGAAAGGGCUCGGUCGUCGACAAUUCGAGCCGCUCUGCGUUGGAUGCGGUCAAGUGGAAGGAGCUGGCACUGGGGAGCCCCUGCCCAGAGAUGGGAACAGUAUUCCAUGUGAGGCCGAACUUGCGCCUUGUAAAGUAGCAGGCGGUGUGCCGGCAUGAAAUACUGUCCCGCUCUGCUGAGCACGCCAAGCUUUUUAGAGGCCAAUUUGGCCUUCCCUUCCAAGUGACCACGAAACUGCACGUCACUCGAUAUGUCGACUCCGAGGAUACCGAUACUGGCUGAGGCAAGAAGGGGAGUGCCUUGAAACUGAGGAGAUACGACAAAGGGGUUCUUUUUAGCGGUAAACGCGCAAACUUGUGUCUUCUGAGGAUUAAAUUGGACUAGAUUUAGUCGCCCCCAAUCCGAGACUUUGUUCAGCAAAGACUCGACUUCAGACACAAGUUUGUUCCGGUACUCAGCGACGUUUUCCCGAGAAAUAUUGGCACGGCCGGUGUAUAGAGCAUCACCAGUGCUGUCAUCCGCAUAGCAAUGAAUGUUACCAGUUAGCAACAUAUCAUUGAUAUGCAGAAGAAACAGCGUUGGUGAUAGCACACAGCCUUGUGGAACACCAGCGUUAAUAGGCUUGUAGUCAGAGCAUGCACCGUCUACAACGACCUUGAUGCUCCGAUCUGCAAGGAAGCUGGUGAUCCAAUUGCACAAUUUCUCGGGAAGCCCAUAGGAAGGGAGCUUCGAAAGAAGCGCUUUGUGCCAAACCCGAUCGAAGGCCUUCGCAAUGUCCAGACUAACGGUCAACGCCUCCCCCUUGGACUCUACUGCCUCCGCCCAUCUAUGGGUCAGGUAGACCAGAAGAUCACCAGCUGAUCGACCCCGACGAAAACCGUAUUGGCGGUCACUAAUCAGCUGGUGAUCCUCAAGGUACCGGAUGAGCUGGCAGUUAAUAAUGGAUUCCAUUAUUUUGGAGAACAAGGAGGUGAUCGCGAUAGGCCUAUAGUUGGAUGGGUCUGAGCGGUCGCCUUUUUUAGGGAUCGGGUGGACAAAAGCUGUCUUCCAUGAAUUCGGGACUACGCCUUGAGAGUAGGAGUACCGGAAAAGACGCGUUAGGACCGGUGCCAACUCCGGAGCACACGUCCUCAGCACAAUUGGAGGGAUUCCGUCAGGCCCACUCGACUUCUGGAUGUCCAGGGAGAGCAGUGCUUUGCGAACCGAACGCUGUGAGAACAGCACAUCCGGCAUGGAGCACUCACACCGCGGGAUGGUCGGCGGUGUUUUCCCCCCGUCAUCAAGAGUCGAGUUGGACGCAAAAAGGGAGCCUAAAAGGUCGGCUUUGUCUUUUGCGUCAUGGGCCAGUGAGUCAUCCUCCCUGUGCAGAGAUGGUAGUGAUGGCUUACAGAAAUUCCCUUGGACAGCCUUGGCGAGAGACCAGAAUGCACGGGUUCCCGAAGGAAGGCGAACUAGUUUCUCGCCAAUUCUGCCUAUGUGCUCUGACUUUUCUUUUUUGCAAGCUUAUGGAAGACAGCCUUAGUGCAUUCGAUUCCUAAAAAAGGCUGCGACCUAUCCAAAUACUGGCCUAUCGCCGUCACCUCCUUGUUCUCCAAAAUCAUGGAAUCCAUUAUUACCUGCCAGCUCACGCGGUACUUUGAAAAGCAUAAGCUGAUUAGUGACCUUCAAUACGGUUUCCAUCGAAGCUGUUGGGAUCAAUAGAACGGAAACGGCGUGUAUGUAUGUAUACAUACAUACAAAAGACAUACAUACCUACUUACAAAAUUAACUAUUUUAUUGGUGCCAAUGGAGGGGGGACCUGGGUUGCUAGCGUACUGUGAAAUUUUACGGCAAACAAAAAAGCCUCCGAGCUACCAGGGCUUUUUAUGAAUCUUUGUAUGGCCUGUAAAUAAUUCCUCUAUCUUAAUCUUCCCGUAAACUUCCUCUGCUGAACAGGGAAGAAUCUCUCCCAAUGUAGGGAGAAUUUGCCUUGAGCGUCACGCUUGGCAUAGGACUGACAAUCGCAGAACCAGACGUGAGCACCUCUGGCAAUGUCGCUUGGCGCCGGUCUCGAUAUUUUAUAUCUGAAAUAAACGAGCUGGUUAUACCGGCGUCUGCCGGAAGCCAUCAGAUUUUUCUGGCAAACCCAAAGUUGCCUCUUACGAAACCCACGGGACAACAUGUAAUGAUAAAUUCUCUUAUAAUUUCCUUUACACGCAAACUUCGACUGUACUGUAUGUAUAACACUAGUUCUGUGUGGAAUUCGAAACAGCGAUUAUUAGAUUAAUGUAAUUAUAACAUGGUCAGAAGAACCAUUCUUUCCCACCAAAAAAGAAAAUGAGAGACAUUAUUCGGAGUAAUUGGCUAAAAUACUUUAUAUUUGGCAACAAUCUAGCAACAUUAUUUAGUAUAAUUAUGCCCAUUGUAAACCGUUUAAGGUGUCUUGCAAUAAAGAUGCAAUAACAUACAAUAAAUAAAAAGUUUAACUACGACAAAUAAUUUUUCAGAAACUUCUGAAAAGAAGAUUAAAUCAAAUUCUACUGAUUGUAACAUAAACGAUGUUCGUGAAGAAAACCUCGAUUUUGAAGGCCCUACUAUUAAAUCAAACCCU